GGGCGCUGGUCACCUCAGCGCGGGAGGCCGGCGCCGCGGCGGGCGGCUCCGGGAGGUGCCGCGCCCGCUCCGGGGGAAGGCGCUGUGGCGCGGGGCCGCCCCCUUGCGCCCCGGGCGCCGGCUGCGGCCCGGCCUCCUCCUCUUCCUCCGCCCUCCUUGGCUGGGAAAGUGGGAGGCGGCAGCGGCGGCGUGGUGUGUGUGCGCGCGUGAGGGGGGCAGCAGAGAGGAGUCUCCCGGUGCCGCCGCGGCGUCAGAGACACUGCGAGCGGCGAGCGCGGCGGGGCCGCAUCUGCAUCAGCCGCCGCCGCUGCUGCGGGGCCGCGAACAAAGAGGAGGAGCCGAGGCGCGAGAGCAAAGUCUGAAAUGGAUGUUACAUGAGUCAUUUUAAGGGAUGCACACUACUAUGAACAUUUCUGAAGCUUUUUUCUCAGUAAAGUAGAUAAAGAUGGAUGAAUCAGCCUUGUUGGAUCUUUUGGAGUGUCCUGUGUGUCUAGAGCGCCUUGAUGCUUCUGCGAAGGUCUUGCCUUGCCAGCAUACGUUUUGCAAGCGAUGUUUGCUGGGGAUCGUAGGUUCUCGAAAUGAACUCAGAUGUCCCGAGUGCAGGACUCUCGUUGGCUCGGGUGUCGAGGAGCUUCCCAGUAACAUCUUGCUGGUCAGACUUCUGGAUGGCAUCAAGCAGAGGCCUUGGAAACCUGGUCCUGGUGGGGGAAGUGGGACCAACUGCACAAAUGCGUUAAGGUCUCAGAGCAGCACUGUGGCUAAUUGUAGCUCAAAAGAUCUGCAGAGCUCCCAGGGUGGACAGCAGCCUCGGGUGCAAGCCUGGAGCCCCCCAGUGAGGGGUAUACCUCAGUUACCAUGUGCCAAAGCAUUAUACAACUACGAAGGAAAAGAGCCUGGAGACCUUAAAUUCAGCAAAGGUGACAUCAUCAUUUUACGAAGACAAGUGGAUGAAAAUUGGUACCAUGGGGAAGUCAAUGGAAUCCAUGGCUUUUUCCCCACCAACUUUGUGCAGAUUAUUAAACCAUUACCUCAGCCCCCACCUCAGUGCAAAGCACUUUAUGACUUUGAAGUGAAAGACAAGGAAGCAGACAAAGAUUGCCUUCCAUUUGCAAAGGAUGAUGUUCUGACUGUGAUCCGAAGAGUGGAUGAAAACUGGGCUGAAGGAAUGCUGGCAGACAAAAUAGGAAUAUUUCCAAUUUCAUAUGUUGAGUUUAACUCGGCUGCUAAGCAGCUGAUAGAAUGGGAUAAGCCUCCUGUGCCAGGAGUUGAUGCUGGAGAAUGUUCCUCGGCGGCAGCCCAGAGCAGCACUGCCCCAAAGCACUCCGACACCAAGAAGAACACCAAAAAGCGGCACUCCUUCACUUCCCUCACUAUGGCCAACAAGUCCUCCCAGGCAUCCCAGAACCGCCACUCCAUGGAGAUCAGCCCCCCUGUCCUCAUCAGCUCCAGCAACCCCACUGCUGCUGCACGGAUCAGCGAGCUGUCUGGCCUCUCCUGCAGUGCCCCUUCUCAGACUUUGAAUCCUCCUCUUCCGCCACCCCCUCUCCUGGCUGCCACUGUCCUUGCCUCCACACCACCAGGCGCCGCCGCUGCUGCUGCUGCUGCUGGAAUGGGACCAAGGCCCAUGGCAGGAUCCACUGACCAGAUUGCACACUUACGGCCUCAGACUCGCCCCAGUGUGUAUGUUGCUAUAUAUCCAUACACUCCUCGGAAAGAGGAUGAACUAGAGCUGAGAAAAGGGGAGAUGUUUUUAGUGUUUGAGCGCUGCCAGGAUGGCUGGUUCAAAGGGACAUCCAUGCAUACCAGCAAGAUAGGGGUUUUCCCUGGCAAUUAUGUGGCACCAGUCACAAGGGCGGUGACAAAUGCUUCCCAAGCUAAAGUCCCUAUGUGUACAGCUGGCCAGACUAGUCGGGGGGUGACCAUGGUCAGUCCUUCCACGGCAGGAGGGCCUGCCCAGAAGCUCCAGGGAAAUGGUGUGGCUGGGAGUCCCAGUGUUGUCCCCACGGCUGUGGUAUCAGCAGCUCACAUCCAGACAAGUCCUCAGGCCAAGGUCUUGUUGCACAUGACUGGGCAAAUGACAGUCAACCAGGCCCGCAAUGCUGUGAGGACAGUUGCAGCGCACAACCAGGAGCGCCCCACGGCAGCAGUGACACCCAUCCAGGUACAGAAUGCCACCGGCCUCGGCCCUGCAUCUGUGGGCCUGCCCCAUCACUCGCUGGCCUCCCCACAACCUGCGCCUCCGAUGCCAAGCUCAGCCACGCACACUGCUGCCAUCAGUAUCAGUCGAGCCAGUGCCCCUCUGGCCUGUGCAGCAGCUGCUCCGCUGACCUCCCAGAGCAUCACCAGUGCUUCUCUGGAGGCUGAGCCCAGUGGCCGGAUAGUGACUGUUCUCCCUGGACUCCCCACGUCUCCUGACAGUGCUUCAUCAGCUUGUGGGAACAGUUCAGCAACCAAACCAGACAAGGAUGGCAAAAAAGAAAAAAAGGGUUUGUUGAAGUUGCUUUCUGGCGCCUCCACUAAACGGAAGCCCCGCAUGUCUCCUCCAGCAUCGCCAACCCUAGAAGUGGAGCUGGGCAGUGCAGAGCUUCCUCUCCAGGGAGCAGUGGGGCCCGAACUGCCACCAGGAGGUGGCCACGGCAGGGCAGGCUCUUGCCCUGUGGACGGGGAUGGACCGGUCACAACUGCAGUGGCAGGAGCAGCCCUGGCCCAGGAUGCUUUUCACAGGAAAGCAAGUUCCCUGGAUUCCGCCGUCCCCAUCGCUCCACCUCCUCGCCAGGCCUGUUCCUCCCUGGGUCCUGUCUUGAAUGAGUCUAGACCUGUUGUUUGUGAAAGGCACAGGGUGGUGGUUUCCUAUCCUCCUCAGAGUGAGGCAGAACUUGAACUUAAAGAAGGAGAUAUCGUGUUUGUUCAUAAAAAACGAGAGGACGGCUGGUUCAAAGGCACAUUACAACGUAAUGGGAAAACUGGCCUUUUCCCAGGAAGCUUUGUGGAAAACAUAUGAGGAAACUGACACUGAGGAGGCUUCAGAUCACUUCACACAACAAAAUAGCACAAAGCAGUUUAACAGAAAGAGCACAUUUGUGGACUUCCAGAUGGUCAGGAGAUGGGCAAAGGACUGGUAUGUCACUCCGAUGCCCCAGCACAGUUACCCCAGCGAGCAGAGUGAAGAAGAUGUUUGUGUGGGUUUUAUUAGUCUGGCAUCGGAUGUGUAAGGUGUGCCUUGUACUGUCUGAUUUACUACACAGAUAAACCUUUUUUUUUUUUAAAGAUAUAUAGCUAAAAUGGACAAUUGUUUACAAGGCUUAACUAAUUUAUUUGCUUUUUUAAACUUGAACUUUUCGUAUAAUAGAUACGUUCCUUGGAUUAUGAUUUUAAGAAAUUAUUAAUUUAUGAAAUGAUAGCUAAGGAGAAGCUGGAUUAUCUCCUGUUGAGAGCAAGAGAUUUGUUUUGACAUAGAAUGAAUGCAUUUUCCCCUCUCCUCCUCCCUGCUACCAUUAUAUUUUGGGGUUACGUUUUGCUUCUUUAAGAUAGAAAUCCCAGUUCUCUAAUUUGGUUUUCUUUUUUGGGAAACCAAAUAUACAAAUGAAUCCGUAUCGAUUAGGGCCUGGGGUAGAGAGACAGAAACUUGAGAGCAGAGAAGUUAGUGAUUCCCUCUCUUUCUAGUUUGGUAGGAAUCACCCUAAAGACCUAGUCCUCAAUUUAAUUGUGUGGGUUUUUAAUUUUCCUAGAAUGAAAUGACUGAAACAAUGAGGAAGAAUACAGCACAACACUUGAACAAAAUGUAUUCAGAAAUAUAUUUAGUUUUAUAGCAGAAGCAGCCCAAUUGUUUGGUGGAAAGUAGGGGAAAUUGAAGUUGUACUCACUGUCUGAGAAUGGCUAUGUCACUGUCACUGUCUGAGAAUGGCUAUGAAGCGUCAUUUCCCAUUUUAUCCCAACGGACCUGCAUGCCCAGGACACAAGUAAAACAUUUGUGAGAUAGUGGUGGUAAGUGAUGCACUCGUGUUAAGUCAAAGGCUAUAAGAAACACUGUGAAAAGUUCAUAUUCAUCCAUUGUGAUUCUUUCCCCACGUCUUGCAUGUGUUACUGGAUUCCCACAGUAAUAUAGACUGUGCAUGGUGUGUAUAUUUCAUUGCGAUUUCCUGUUAAGGUGAGUUUGUACUCAGAAUUGACCAAUUCAGGAGGUGUAAAAAUAAACAGUGUUCUCUUCUCUACCCCAAAGCCACUACUGACCAAGGUCUCUUCAGUGCACUCGUUCCAUCUCUGGCUAAGGCAUGCAUUAGCCACUACACGAGUCAUUAGUGGAAAUGGUCUUUUAUGUCCUCCCAGCAGACAGACAUCAAGGAUGAGUUAACCGGGAGAACUACUCCUGUGACUGUGGAGCUCUGGAAGGCUUGGUGGGAGUGAAUUUGCCCACACCUUACAAUUGUGGCGGGAUCCAGACGAGCCUGUCUUUUUAUAUCCAUUCUUUGAUGUCAUUGGCCUCUCCCACCGAUUUCAUUACGGUGCCACACAGUCAUGGAUCUGGGUAGUCCGGAAAACAAAAGGAGGGGAGACAGCCUGGUAAUGAAUAAGAUCCUUACCACAGUUUUCUCAUGGAAAAUAGAUAAUAAACCCUUUCAUCUUUUUUUUUUCUUUUAAGAAUUAAAACUGGGAAAUAGAAACAUGAACUGAAAAGUCUUGCAAUGACAAGAGGUUUCAUGGUCUUAAAAAGAUACAUUAUGUGGUUGAAGAUGAAAUCAUUCCUAAAUUAACCUUUUUUUAAAAAAAUAAAACACUGUAUAUUAUGUUCCUGUGUGUUGAAUUUUUAAAAAAAUACUUUACUUGGAUAUUCAUGUAAUAUAUAAAGGUUUGGUGAAAUGAACUUUAGUUAGGAAAAAAAGCUGGCAUCAGCUUUCAUCUGUGUAAGUUGACACCAAUGUGUCAUAAUAUUCUUUAUUUUGGGAAAUUAGUGUAUUUUAUAAAAAUUUUAAAAAGAAAAAAGACUACUACAGGUUAAGAUAAUUUUUUUACCUGUCUUUUCUCCAUAUUUUAAGCUAUGUGAUUGAAGUACCUCUGUUCAUAGUUUCCUGGUAUAAAGUUGGUUAAAAUUUCAUCUGUUAAUAGAUCAUUAGGUAAUAUAAUGUAUGGGUUUUCUAUUGGUUUUUUGGAGACAGUAGAGGGAGAUUUUGUAACAAGGGCUUGUUACACAGUGAUGUGGUAAUGAUAAAAUUGCAAUUUAUCAUUCCUUUUCAUGUUAAUAAUUUGAGGACUGGAUAAAAGGUUUCAAGAUUAAAAUUUGAUGUUCAACCUUU